AUGGGAAGAACGCUGCCGACUCCGGUCUCCUGCAAGAUCUGCGGCGACCGCUCGUACGGGAAACACUACGGGAUCUACUGUUGCGACGGGUGCUCUUGCUUCUUCAAGCGAUCCGUGCGUCGCGGCGCGCUCUUCACCUGUAUAGCUGCCACGGGAGCCUGCACCGUCGACAAAGCGAGACGCAAUUGGUGUCCGCACUGCCGCCUGCGCAAGUGCUUCGCCGUCGGCAUGAACGCAGCAGCCGUUCAAGAAGAACGAGGACCGCGCGUUCGCAACAGGCCCUCGGCCCUCGGGGCCCUCGAGGCCCACGCGAACCUCUCGUGGGGAGCACCGCCGGCCGACCGAGCCGCGACCUCCUCCUUCGCGGGACACGGACCGGCCACGGUGCGAUACGAGGUCGCCGCCGAGAUAUUCCUCGCGACGGUGCGGGCCGCUCGGACGCAUCGAGAGUUCUCGAUGCUGCAACCCGCGGAGCAGGACGGGAUCCUCCGGAGAGGAUGGGCUGCGGCGUUCGCCCUGCGAGCAGCGAUCUGGCCGAUCGAUCUGUCCGCGUUUCGGAGCCGGCCCGGCUCCGCGUACGACCCUCUGGCCGCCGCGCGCUCCUCGAUCGGCAAACUGCGCCCGGACCCGACCGAGAUGUCGACACUGGAGACGUUGGUCCUCUGUCGGCCCGAGAUCGCCGAAACCGCCACCGCCAUCCGUCUGACCGGCCGGGCGACGGACGCGGCGCUGGAAGCUCUCGUCCGGCAUCUGAACGAACGCGCCGUCGAACCGUGCUCCUCGAGGCUGCUCAAAAUCAUGCUGGUCUUGCCUACUCUGACGGCUUGUUGCCCUCGGGAUUUGGCCGGCGAGCUAUUCGCGCCGAUCAUCGCGGACGAGGAUCUCGAAAGGGUGAUCGAAUCUGUACGCUGA